CCAGCAUCCAGCAGCUGCGCCUCUCAUGCCUUUCCUGACGCCGAGCGAAGCCUCCCAUACAGAUGAGCGCUGGGAGCCACGCACCUCUUGACGUAGCCACAGACCGGUUGCGGUGCCACUCGGUCUCCGUAGCACGUAUUGCGCAACGUGACUGAUGCUCAACUGGCACCGCGGCGGGCGCAUCCGGCUCCCGCUGUCGCGUGAAUCCCACCAGAAAAGUGCACUCUCUCUCUCUCUCAACGGCCGAGUCGGCGCAAGGCAGAGGAGCCGAGGAGCUCGGAGAGAAAAACCCGUCCGCGCCCUGCUACCCUUGCCACCGUCGCCGCCGCCGCCGCCGCCGGGAGAGACGUGUCGAGCGCGCCGCGUCGGGGUGCAGCAGCGCUUGGUGUGACCGUGUGUGUCGAGCGCGCGAUCCUCCGCCGUGGCAUCGACGACAGCGGCUUUGACGGCUUGAUCGAGCACACGGGCGGACGCGCAAGUGAGGAUUUGUGGAGAACGGAGGUGAGCGCUCGGUUUCUGACAGCAUGCAGCCAACGCAGCAUCCGCGGAGCGAGCCGUGACCACAUCUGGAUCUUUGAGGAGAUAGUCCAGAUAGUCCGCCUGUGACCCACAUCGGUGUGCUUGGCCCCGUCGGUUAAAGUCACACGGCCGUCAGUGGAGCGCACCUACCUGGAAGUCGGAAGAGGGGUUGCGUUUUCUCAUAAAGGCCGGGCUCUCCGCAGCCCACUCCCCGCGCCUUGCCUGCUUCCCCACAUCCUCCGCGGCGUCUCAGUGCCGGGAGCGCUCGGGCGUUUUAAUUUUUUUUUUCUUCUUCUUCUCCCGACUGCAUGACUGUUUUCACCGAAACAUACCUGUACGGCGAAUACCGGGACUAAAUAAACAAACAAACGUGUGGAUCGGUGGCAGCAGUUGCCGCGUCUGCACAUACAAUAUAUAUGCACCUCAGCCACACCACCCCGGAAAGGACUUCUUGCUAUUGAGAGCUGGAUAUGCAGAGAUUAACGUGAAAGGAUGGAUCUAAUUAUCUGUGUUUUGGGGCUGCUGGCGCUCGUCGUGGAGGGCAUCCGUUGCCAGGGAGUAUAUGCGUCUCCGACUGUCCGCAUCAUCCACUCAGGUCACGCCUGUAACGUCGAGGAGGAGAGGCACACGGAGCGAGUCUACACCAUCAGAGAGGGAGAAACCCUGGAGCUCACCUGUCUGGUGACGGGCCAUCCUCGGCCACAAAUCCGAUGGACGAAGACAGCCGGCAGUGUGUCCGACCGCUUCCAGGACUCCAGCGUGUUCAACGAGACGUUGCAUAUCGCAAAAAUCUUGAGGACCCAGGGUGGUCGCUACUACUGUAAGGCUGAGAACGGCCUGGGCUCUCCAGCUAUCAAGUCCAUCAGGGUGGACGUCUACUACCUGGAUGACCCCGUGGUGACAGUGCACCAGAGCAUAGGAGAGGCGAAGGAGCAGUUCUACUACGAGAGGACCGUCUUCCUGCGCUGCGUGGCCAAUUCCAACCCGCCCGUCCGCUACAGCUGGCACCGCGGGAGGGAGGUCCUGACUCAGGGCUCGGACAAGGGCGUAGAGAUCUAUGAGCCAUUUUUCACACAGGGGGAAACGAAGAUUUUGAAGCUGAAGAACCUGCGUCCUCAGGACUACGCCAACUACAGCUGCAUCGCCUCCGUCAGGAAUGUGUGCGGGAUCCCCGACCGCAGCGUAAUCUUCAAACUCACCAACAAGACAGCCUCCCCAUCCAUCAAACUGCUGGUGGAGGAUCCUAUCGUGGUGAAUCCUGGCCAGACGGUGUCCCUGGUGUGCAUCACCACUGGAGGGGAGCCGCCCCCCAUCCUCACCUGGGUCAGCAGUAAUGACAGCCUGCCACAGCGGAGCGUGGUGAAGGGGGGCACGCUCACGCUGCCGGCCAUCAGCUCAGACGAGGCCGGCGUCUACAGCUGCGUGGCCAGCAACAACGUGGGAAACCCGGCCAAGAAGUCCACCACCAUCGUGGUGCGAGCACUGAAGAAGGGCCGAUUCUGGAUCACUCCUGACCCCUACCACAAUGACGACAACAUCCAGAUCGGACGUGAAGUCAAGAUAUCUUGUCAGGUGGAGGCAACUCCUCCUGAGGAGCUGACGUUUAGCUGGCUGAAGAAUGGCCGCGCCUUGCGGAGCUCAGAGCGUAUGGUCAUCACCCAGACGGACCCCGACAUCUCACCUGGGACCACCAACCUGGACAUCAUAGACCUCAAGUUUACCGACUUCGGGACGUACACCUGCGUGGCCGCGCUGAAGGGAGGAGGCAUCCCUGAGAUCAGCAUCGACGUCAACAUCUCGUCCACAACUGUCCCUCCUUUGUUUUUCUCUUUCUUAGUUCCCCCCAACCUGACAGUCCCACGGGGCAAGUCCCCCCUGGUGGCCCGCGAGGGUGACACAGUGGAGCUGGAGUGCCUUGUUUCAGGGAAGCCCAAGCCCAUCAUCCUGUGGUCGCGAGCGGAUAAGGAGGCGCCCAUGCCGGACGGCAACAUGCAGAUGGAGAGCUACGACGGCGUACUGCGUAUUGUUAAUGUUUCCAGGGAGAUGACGGGCUCAUACCGCUGCCAGACAAGCCAGUACAACGGGUUCAACGUGAAGCCCCGGGAGGCGGUGGUGGAGCUGAUCGUACAAUACCCUCCGACGGUGGAGCCGGCUUACAUGGAGAUGCGUCAGGGCCUGGGGAGGCCGGUGGUGAUGACCUGCAGGGUGCUGCGAGCCCACCCCUCCCGCGUGCUGCGCUUCGAGUGGCUUCUGUCCAACCGGCUGCUCCACGCCGGGGCCUUCGACGCCCAGCGGGACGAGACGGAGUACACCAUCCGCAGCUUGAAUCGAGACGGCUGGGGCGAGUACACGUGUAACGUCAUCAACGAGGCCGGCGCGGGCAAAUGCACCUUCCAGGUUACAGGCAAAGCCUACCCUCCUGAAUUCUACUAUGACACCUACAGCCCUCUGUGGCAGAACAGACCCAGAGUCUACGGCUUCAAGCUUCAGUGGACUCAGAUGAAUCCCAACGCCGUGGACCGUAUUGUUGCCUACAGACUAGGCAUCAGACAGAUGGGGCUCCAGCGCUGGUGGGAGCAGGAGAUCCCUGUGGACGGAACAAUCAGCAAAGGAGAGCUCAUGACGCAUAACCUGACUGAGCUGAUAAAGCCCGAAUCCUACGAGGUGCGCCUCACCCCAAUCACACGUUUCGGAGAAGGCGACUCCACCAUCCGUAUUGUCACCUACAGCGCUCCCAUCAACCCUCACCUAAGAGAGUUCCACUGCAGCUUCGAGGAGGAGCCCAUCUGCAUGUUCACCCAGGACAAGAACGACGACUUUGACUGGACGAGGCACAGCGCCGCCACGCGCGACACCAAGUACACGCCCAACACCGGCCCCAGCGCCGACCACAGUGGCUCGAAGCAGGGUUUCUACAUGUACAUUGAGACUUCGAGACCACGCAAGGAAGGCGACCAGGCACGGCUCAUAAGUCCAUUCUUCAACGUGGCUCCUAAGAACCCUUACGGGAUCACAAACCCGCCCGCCUACUGCUUCGGCUUCUUCUACCACAUGUAUGGAAAACACAUAGGAACACUAAACGCCUUCCUAAAGCAGAAGGGCCAAACGACCUCAGAGGGUCCUGUGUGGUCGCUAAGUGGUAACCAAGGUGAGCGCUGGAAGCAGGCCAAAGUAAGCAUCCACCCCACAUCGUCCUUCCAGGUCGUACUAGAAGGCGUCCGGGGACCAGGCAUCGAGGGAGACAUCGCCAUUGAUGAUAUCACGCUGGAGGAAGGGGAGUGUCGAGAUCCACCGCCUAAUCUCAGCUCCAUGGCUCUGUCCACGCCCUCCCAUAUAUGGCUGCUAUGUGUCACCUUGGUUGUGACCCUCCUGGAAGGUCAGAGGUGACCCACUUCUCCGCCAUCUCAGAGACGAAUAUUCAGACCCACCGUCUGUGAGCUACACCGUCGGCAUCCAAUCACCAAAGAUUCAUGCAUCCUGAAAGCAGCAGGGUCCCCUGGCGGACCGCAGUCCACAGAGGGACCUCCGUUAUCGGAAGAGAGAGAGAGAGAGUGAGAAAAAAAAAAAAGUAAUAACGAAGAUGCGCUAAUUUUUUAAAAGAGACCUCUUUUACAGAAAACACUCCUUCGGUGCGGGACGUCUUUACGAGCACAAAGACAGGCGGGCGACGAGCGAGCCCUGACUUUGACAGCGGAGUUCACAAGCGUCAAGGGGGGGACAAGUUUGCAAAGCACAAGAACAAUUUUCCGAAGCUGCGGACAUCUCUUUGGAAGGCGGCGGAAAACGCAGACACUGCUGACUUUUUGAUUACGAAGUAACAUUUCCCCGCUCAACAAACACGUGGAAUCAGACCUUUCUCUGUGUAUCUUUAUCUCCAUUCCCCCGCAUCAGACGCCAAUCACCCGACACUUGUCUUUUUUUUUUUUUUCCACUCUUGCCCAGCCACACGUCACACCUUGGCAUUUCCUUAUCUGCUUGGUGCUGCACUGUCGAACAACAAGGACUCUGGCAACAUUUAGUUCUGUCUGCUUAAUCCCCUGUAGCUGCCUAUGUAUCUUUUAACACUGUGCUCACGAGUCCCAAGUGGCCAACUGACGGUAUGGUGGCAGAACAAUAAACGCGGAAGAAUGAGCAGGGGUGUAGGCAGCUGGACCGGAGGGCAGGAAGAAGCUUAAGAUGGAAGGAGGAGGAGGGGGAGGGAGAGGAGGAGGGGUGUAUGAAGUGAGGAAAGAGUGGAGCGAGAGGAAUAACAGGCAGAGAGUAGAGAAAGGUCCGAUUAGCGAGCCCUGACUCGAAUAUUCAGUCAGCGGUCUGCCUGUGGAACAGAAGCCACUUUACUUUCUGCCAUGAAACAAAGUGCCUUCAGGUUACAAACCGAAUCGUGAGCCUGGGUGUUAAUCAACAUCGAACAAAUCUCUGUUCAUGUUUCCUCUGAUGGGCUAUUUUCUACACGUUUCUUUCGCCCCACAAGUGCUGACGGGAGGGCGCCGCGCGCUCAGAGGGAGUAUCGGGGCUUCGCUACAGCUGGAUUUUACUCCCGAUGGGUUAGUCUGUAUGUCUGUCUGUCUGUGUGCGUGCGUGUGGAAGUGUGUGUGUGGAAGCGUGUGUGUUCGUGUGCAUGCGCCUGAGCAUAAUAUAAUGUGAGGGCAGCCCUGGCAGACCCCGAGCACAGAUUUGGAAAAAGUUUGAGGGAAGAAAAAAAAAAAAAAAAAGCAGCGGCAGCAGUGAAAGUGAGGCUCUGGAUCCUUUCUUUUUUUCCUAUUUUUUUCCUUUUUUUUUUGCAGAAAGACAGAUUAAGAGCAUACAGGAGGAUAAAGACGCUUCCUCCUCAAGUGAAUACCCCACUCUCUCUUCCCACAUUUCUCCUGACCCGGCGGGCGAGCAUUUUUUUUAAAACAAAAGGACGACCGCUGAAUAAAACAUUGCGAUGUACAGGGAGGAGAGUAGCACGGACUUCCGGGACUGCAGGCUCUUCGUCAGGGCGAGACGGCUCGUCCCUGUCCUCCGCCAUUUAUAUGGAACUAUACGAGAAUAAAAGAUAAUAAUGACCAUAAUAAUAGUCAUGAUAUUUUAUUACUCUAGCGAGAAUGUUUCUCUGCUUUUACACAAACUGUGAAGAUUGACUGUGGAAGAUCUACCUGAGACCAUAACCUUAACCAGCGGGGUUUUUAAAAAAAAAAAUGUAUUGUAAAAAAGAGAAAACAAGAAAAUGAAAAAUUCCGUUCAUUGUUGGUUAUGACAAAUGUUUUGAGGACUUGUGUCUUGUUUCUUAUUUUUAUUUUAUUUUUUCUGUUGAAUAUGACUUUAACUUCCUUUCUCUUCUUGUUGUCUCCCUUUGCAUUGCUGAAAUAUCAAAGCCGAUGGAAGCAUAAGAAGUAAACCAAUUUGGUAAAUGUAUAACUUGUAAAUGUUAAAGAAGCUCUAUUCAAAGGUUUAUGAUAAAUGUUUUAUGUUGGAGUACAGGAAGCACAACAUACAGUUUUAAGGUCUCGACAUAUGAAAAAAAAAAAAUCCAUUUUCUAUUCCUCUGCACAUGCGUGACCUGCUCCCACCAAUUCAGGCUUUUCAACUUCUCUAAAAACAAGUCUGUAUUAAACCAACAGCAAAACUGACCCUUUUCUACUUGCUAUAUCCGUGUUUCUUGCGCAGCCACAACAACACUUGAGGGACGCGGGCGGGAACACGGUAGAGAGGAAUCCCCCCGCGGCGGCGGACUGUGCGAUGGUUUCGGUCUCGGUGUUGUGGUCCAGCAUAUGUAGCCUCUUCAGUGGAAGCCUGGGUUAGUCUGAGUGGGUUGUGUACAUGUGUGAGCGUAAAGCUGUGUACAAUAGGUGUGAUUAAGAAACUGAUACAUGUAAAGAAGAUUAAUACGCUAAGCAAAACAGAGCAGAAUGAUGAGCAUUUCAGGGCAUCCUCAUGAUAUUGUUACAGCCUGUAUGAUGUUAUUACAGAUACAUUACCUGCUAUCCAUUUCUGUUUUCUUUUUUACAUAUAUAUAUAUAUAGUUUCACACAUUUUCAUUUCAAGUGUAGGAUCAUACUGAAUGUAAAUGGAGUUCUGGGGAGUUCUUUAGUCUCACGGUCUUACUAGAUAUAACGUUUUACUAAAACAUUUGGGUUUUCUGUGUGCUUUUGACGACAAGAACUUUUUAUAGGUUGCUCUGGACGCGUUGAGAAGUUCCUCUCUGACUUUGACCAGACUUUGACACAAUUUCCAAAAAUAUAAGCUCGGAUAAAACGUCCAUUAGCCCGCUGCUGUAUCCUCCCGUGGUAUAGUGGGUGAUGAUAAGUGCCAAAGUGCCCCGAAACGGUCGUCACUGUUGCCAAGUAUGGAUAUGAGUUUGUUGAGAAAUUUUGGUAGCUCCUUUAGCCUCCCUGAGCACCUGGUUGGUUCAUGUCAAGAACAGAAGAUCAGGACAUCAGCAUAAACGUACGUGAAUGAUCAGAAAUUCCGGCUGGGUUUAAAUGAAAGAAAAAUACGCGUUUGACACUUUUAAAGGAGUAAUUUGAUCUUUUGGGAAACAGGCAGGCAGCCAGCAAAGACAGCUCCCAGCCAAGAAACACUCCAGCCCAGCAUCCCAUCAAACCAAAACUUGUAGAUCAAACUAAAAGGAUUUAAAUGAAAUUUAGGUUACGCCCACACUGACACAGGUUUGUUUUUUGAAAUCCUUUGCUGCGUUGCCAGCGUGCGUCCACCACUCGGAGACAAGAAACGCACUCGUCUCCUUGUCCAACUCUUGACAAAAUGUCCAAACGCUGCUUUAAAAUAACCGAGUUCAAAAGUAGUCAAACUCUCUCCUGUUUAUGUGCUUCGUGAAUAUCAGAUUUACAUCAGUAUCAGCCUUUCAGACACUAGAGCAGACCUCACUUCUGUUCAAGCAGUGUGGCUCAUACAAUGAAAUACUGGGUACAUUCAUGCAAAUUGAACAUUUUCAUUUGGGUUAAGAAAAUAUUGUGUAAUUUCUCAGAAACCGCGGUUGAAAUGGCACCGCAAAACGGAUCAUUGUUUAUUUACACGGCGUUGCAGCUCUCACCGUGUCCUUGAUUUCCAUAUCUGUGCGAUUCACCCACUCAGCGGCAGCCUCUGCCCUCCGCUGUGUGCGAGGGACGCGAACCCUGCGCGUGGCGUGCGCAGCCCGAGCUGCUGUGUUUUCUUGAUAAAAAGUCCUCCAAGCCACUUCAAAAGUACAAUUGGGAUGGAUUAACAGUUCCUGAAUAUGUAAACAGUGUUGUGUGGCACUUUACUCUCUAACAGCGCUCACUGUUGGUUUUGAUGAUGAGAGGCGUCUGCAGGGUGGAAGGUGUGAAGUGUGCAUAAUCUAACAAGAGGAAUUUCUGCGUUACUUUGGGUGCUGGAGUUUAAUGCAACCACAUCCUCCGAGUGUUUUGUUUUUACAUCUCUGUGCACACAAUUGUUUUUUAUUACGAAUCUGCAUCUGCUUUCUCUGUAACGUGAAGCAUUUAUUUAUUUAACAUUUUAUCUGCCAGAAUCGUGGAGCUCUGUGUCUCCUGUACUGCCCCCAAUACAACUGUUAUAAAAACUACAUUUCCCAAAUUGAGCAUAGCACAGAGCACUAAACUCAUUGUGCUUCAACAUCGCGGAGUGGCUGUCAGCUGACCAGUAAUGUCCAGUCAUCUUUACUUAGGUGUUCAUAGCUGGACACGUUUUACUAUUAUGCUUCCCUCAUCUGUUAACUACUCUUCUAUGUUUCCUACGCUGGGUUGCCCACUUCUUAACUUGCUAAACUGCUAACCUCUCGAUGCUAACAGUUGCCUAGACGCCAUGUUCUCAUCAGUGUUGCUAGAUAACGUCUUUCCAGCCCAAUAGCUGUUUAAAAAUCUGCAGAAAUGCGCACAAAAGUUGCCCAAAAUAUUACUCUAGAUAAGGGCAGCUGGAACAGACGUACCAAACCGCGCUUCUGUGAAGUAUACGCAUCUUCCUUUUUACACACACGCACUUUCUUGGAAAGAGUAAAUGCACUUUGGUUUUGUUUCAAAUAAGCGUUAAAAAGUAAUUAGAAUAAAAGAAAAAAACUGCCUAAAUUUUAUUCAUCUCAGCAGGAAACCUUCCAGUCUGGCAACACUGUUUCCCCCGGCUCACAGCUGAUCUUACCAUUUCCAGUGGUUUUACCCAUUUACAAACUCUUCAUGUCCACGUGUCAUUAAUCAUGUACAGUUUUAACCGUAUAAGCAUUUUUCUGCAAAUGCCUUGAUGUAAGCGUCUCUCACUGUUCUUUUAAAAGUUGCAGUGAGUGCGUUUCAUAGAUUUUUACCUCCACCGUAAUAGAUGCACAUGAGUGGGUCCAAAUGUUAGGGCAGCAGUCAAAUAAAACCACUAGAGUUAGUACAGCACGCGGAAUUUUCCAUAAAAUUGAGUCGACAGGGGAGAAAAACAAAGGCCGGACCACUAAAGCUCAUAGUCAUGAAAAAUACUGCCCAUUAUCAAAUGAAGCAUUUGGGUCAGUUGUGCAGCUGUGUUGCAUUACAUCGCGCCGGUCACAGCCACUCGAGAAAUUGCCUUUUUUUUUUUUUUUUCUGCUGUAACGUUGCUGCAAACAAGUCAAUCCUUAUUGCAUGGAAAAAAAAAAGGCAAUAAACAUUCGGCUGGUGGAGGGAGGGAGGGGAACAGGCUGCUGCACUUCAUACGGAGACACAAACUGUGCUUUCCUUUCACGCUGUCAUUUCCCCUUCCUUCUUGAUGGAAUUGCAUUUUUGAUUUGAUUCCUUUGUGCAACUUUAACGGGACCGUUUCGUGAGACAUGGGGACAGACGAGAAUUUGUUUCCAGCGCUUUUUCCUUCUGAAAGUCUCCCUUAAAAGUCUGUCAUUUCCAUUUGCGCGUUGAUGAAUACGUGAAUGGUUAAUGCAGCUGUGCAUGAGUGUACCCAGCGCUCACGUUAAUGCCAUUAAAAAGGAGGAGGUGGUGCUGCAGCGUAGAACGGUGCGGCCCAUCAGAGCGUGUGCAUGCUACAGACUGGACAUUACCGCAACAUGCAGCACACUAAAACAAUUUCCCAGGGCUUUGGUGAAUCUGAUUAAAUGUAUUCGUGUGAGAAGAACUGGUGGCUACGAGACUAAAUACAAUUUAUUUUAAAAAGUAUUAAUCUUAAUUCCUAAAAGGUGCAUACCUAGUUAUAUUUAAAAAUACCUUGCUUAAAGAGGAAAUUCCUGUUCAGCUACUCUGCUAAAUUGAAGCACUUUCCAACUAUAACAUAGUUAAAAAGGUGUUUUAAGCUAUAAUUUUUUUUGCAUAAUGCUCAUUUAGCUGUAGCUGCCAUUACCUGUAGAUUUAUCCGAAUCAGAAAAGCCUUUAUUUAUCCCAGAGGGGCAAUUAGGAUUCUUAUUCUUACCUUGUAUUUAACCUUGUGCUUUGAGGGUUGCUAAAAGGAACACUCGCAACAUUUGGAAAUGUUCUCAUUUUCUGUUCAAUCCAAGAAGGGCUCUGUCACAUUGUGCCAUUCAUCGCGCUAUUUUAGCUCCCCGAAAAACCAUUCAAUUCCGCCAGCGUGGUAUAAUUGCCCCCGGUAGCUCUGAUUAUCGCCAUCCACACCGCCCCGCCUGCAAGACAUUAGUUCAGCAAAGAGGACCGGUGCCAAAGGAGGGCGGACAUUGUGGCGAGGCCGGCAAAAUUGGCAGUUGCGGUGGAUUCGGCGGCGUUCGUUUGAACGACUCGAGCUGCAAUGAAAUGUCCCUCGUGUCAAACCUGAAACAUUGCUAGAGAACUACAGAUUUUUGUCUUCUUCUUCUUCUUUUUUUUUUUUUUAAGAGUAAAAUCGCCACCUUAACACAGUGAGUUUCUUUUACCUCCACACAGCAGCCAGGCGGCGGUGAGUGACUUCCCGACGGGAGGCUGACUGCAGCCUCGCUAAAUAACUGGAGAAGCCAGACACGUUUCAAUGAUCUCAUUUUACUCUGUCAGGGGAAAAGCAGUGUAUCGCUAUUUGAAGGCAUGGCUGCUCAGUGUGACAACUUUACCAGCACGAAAACUGCCACCUCUCAGUACCCUCUCUCUCUCUUUCUCUCUCUCUCUCUGUCUCUCUGUCUCUCUCUCUGGUGAACAUUGCUGCUUUUUGAUGGCUACCCUCUUCUCGCUGUCUUCUCUCUGUCUCCUGAUUGGGAAUCACAGGCCAGGCAGGAGCAACAUGUAUGCACGCACAGGCUCCAGUUAUUUGCCGUCGGUGCAGAUGACUGCGCGCGGGGUGACAAUACGAGGACGUUUGCCAAUCAAAUCCACCCAUACUCCCCCCCGCCCGACAAACACACACACGCACACACUCCCCGCUCGCUCUUGAACAGACCCAUACUAAAAUUUGAUGCUGUGAUAUCAAGGUUGUUGAGAAAGCUGUGUUUCAGUGAUGUUAUUUAUCUUGUUCUGUGCCAACACCCUGUAAUGAUGACCUGUCACUCUUCUCUGUUUUGUGCUCUAUAUUUAUAUACGAUCAGGCUUCUUUUUCACUGUAUUUCUUUGGAUUUAUCACCCAUUUUUUGUGCCAUACCUGCAACUAAUGAAAAAAAUAAAGAAAAGGAAUAUUUUA